AUGCCGGAAACUAUUUCUAAGGAAUGUACUAGUGUAGAGACACCGGAAUGCAGGAUAGAAUACCAGACUGUUUGUGGCGUUCAACCUGGUUAUCCUGGUCCCCACAAGCUGGGACUAGUUCAUCCUCAUGGAGUUUCACAUGGUGUUGCACAUGGACCUGCUCAUGGAGUUGCGCAUGGACCUGCUAAUCUAGCCGGAGGAUAUGGUCCUGGAUAUGGAUAUGGGUAUCCAUGGAGAAAGCAAUGGAAAAGAGAAGCAGACCCAAAACCUGCACCUGAUUAUGGCUUAUGUACCAAGGUUCCCAAAAAAGUGUGUAGUCCAGUGGCAAAACCAGUUUGCAGAAGUGUGCCACACCAGCAUUGUGUUCCAACCACGGAACGUGAAUGCAAAAGUGUUCCAAGACAAAACUGUCACUCUGUUCCCAAGAAGGUACCAAGGAAAGAAUGUAGAAACGUGCCCAGACAACAAUGCCAUAACGUCCCUGAGCAGAAAUGUAAAAAUGUUCCAAGAAAGGCAUGCCACCCUGUUCCUAGGAACCAUUGCAAGCCAGUAGUAAGAGAGCAAUGUGUAAAUGUUCCAAAGGAACACUGUGAAACCGUUCCAAAACAGGAAUGUAAAGCUGUUCCAGACCAGGAAUGUAUUUCAGUUCCCAAACCCCACUGUGUCACUGUUCCAAAACCUCAUUGCAUUGACGUUCCCAAGCAGCACUGUGUCAAUGUUCCAAAACAACACUGUGAAAGUGUUCCAAGGGAAGAAUGUGUUCCCGUUCCCCGUCAGGUUUGCCAGAAUGUUCCCAAACAAGAAUGUCACAAGGUGCCCAGGGAACAUUGUCAUAAAGUUCCACGAGACCAAUGUUCAACCGUUCCAAGACAAGCCUGUAAUACUGUUCCAAAACAGAAAUGUUCCAAAGUUCCAAGGCAAGCUUGUCACACCGUCUCCAAGGAACGUUGUGAAUCCUAUCCGCAUCAGGACUGUAGGACAGUUCCCCAGGAAAAAUGUGAAAAUGUUCCAGAAAAAUCUUGUAAGACCGUUCCCAAGGAAGCAUGCGCUCAGAAGUGUGAGAACGUAUAUUGGUGCAAGGUUUGCAACUAA